UACUGUAUCGAAGAUACGGACUUACCUUAUAAACAUGACGACGGUAACAAAUUACAUCCAGGCUUUAACGUUUUCAAACCAGUUGGUAAAACGAAUAACGAAAAAGGUUCUUUGGCUGGUAAAUCUUACCUUUACUCAUUUGCUCCUCCGCCUUCCACAAUCAUUUUUUUGACAAAAGAUGGUUCUUAUAACAUAACCACAAAAAAUAAGAAAUCUAAAUUAUUAAAUAACGGAAUAGUGGAAAGUUAUAUUCAUGAUACCAAAAGAACUAAAAUCAACUCAUUAGAAGUUUUUGAGAACUUGCAAAAGAAUGUCCCUGCUGAUAAGAAAAACGUCAUGAAUGAUUAUGAAAUUACCAUUCCUGAACAAAAUUUCGAGGUGAAUUUUAAUGAUGUAAUUAAAGAUUUGGAAACAAAAAUAAGAUCGGGUAAAAAAUUAUCAAAAAAUCAUUUAUCCUAUUUAAACUCUUUAAAAUAUUCAAUUGAUCGAGUUAAUAACGGUGGACCACCAAAAUAUUUUUCUGAAGCUAGAUUAUUAGACACUUUACUAGGUGAUCACUAUGAUUGGAGAUUUUUCAAUGGUUUAAUGUAUGGAACUUACGAACAAACCUUAACUUUGCAUCGUUUGGUAAGAACCUUUUUAUCAUUUUGUCGUAAAAAUGGUAUAACAACUUGGGUUGCUCAUGGUUCCUUAUUAUCUUGGUACUGGAAUGGGAUUGCAUUUCCUUGGGAUAACGACAUCGAUGUUCAAGUUCCACUCGCUGAUUUACAUAAAUUAUCAAUGAAUUUCAAUCAAAGUUUAAUCGUCGAAGAUUUUCAAGAUGGUUUUGGUCGUUACUUCUUGGAUUGUGGUAGUUUCAUCACAUUGAGAGAACGUGGUAACGGUAAUAAUAAUAUUGAUGCAAGAUUCAUUGACGUUGAUACCGGUUUAUACAUUGAUAUAACUGGUUUGGCAAUUUCAAAUUCCAAUGCUCCAGAUCGUUAUCAAUAUUCUCCAAAUCAUCAAAAAGAUGAACAUGAUCACGUCAAAAAUAAUCGUGCUUUAAAAGUUUAUAACUGUAGAAAUAAUCAUUUUUCAAGUUUGAAUGAAUUAUCUCCAAUGGUCAAAACUUUUAUUGAAGGUGAAAUGGGUUAUAUUCCUAAAAGAUAUACUGAUAUUUUAGCAGUUGAAUAUCCAAAAGGUUUGUUAACAAAAACAUUUAGUGGCCAUAUUUUUGUUCCCCAACUUAGAUUGUGGAUAAGUGAAAGAGAUUUAUAUUAUUUCUUAAACGAUAAAUCAAAAUGGUUAAGAUAUAAUAAUUAUAAUGAAGAAUAUUCACAAGCCAUUUCAAAUGAGGAUUCCGAUAAUGAUGUAAAUUUCGAGGAUCUGAAUUAUGAAUUAACUAACGAUCAAAAGGAUAAACUAAAAUCUGAAGCCGAAAAAAAUCAAGCGAAAAACUUAAAAGAUGACGACUUAUUAACAAUUUGGAAAUUUAGUCAUGAAGAAUUGUUAGAAUUAUUAAGUAAAGAUGAAUUACUAAUGAGUUAUUUCAGUACCAGAGCAAUGACAUCUUUACAUGAAUCAGAAAUUCAAAAUCUUCUAUUUGGGAAAUCCUCAAAGCCAUUAAUCGAAAAAGCCCCUGACUUCAAGCCAUUGUUAUAUGAUCCAUUCCUUUUUAAAGUCAAAAGUGAUUACAUUGAUUAUGACGAUGAGGUUGAUAACUAUUUGAGUUUAUUGGAAGCUUAUCAAUAUAACGAACAGAAAAAUAAAGAAAACUUAUUAAAAGCUUCUGGUAGAAUCAUCAACCCUGACGAGGUUGAAAAUUAUGAUCAACUAGUAAAUGAUGAUAAAGAUCACUCUGGCGCUGGUACUAUUAAGGUCGAACAAUCAUCUUAG